CAUCUCCAACAGUGAGAGAGCGAAACGGGGCUAUAUUGCGAACAAUUUUUACGACUCAAAACUGCAGCUGCUGUUUAUUGAUGUGAAAUUGAAAGAGUGUAAACCAGCUUUUUAAUGUGUAAUCAGGCCGGAAGUGCCACUGAAGAGUAACCAUUUUUGGCCACCAAGUGAGUAACUUGCAGCUGCUCUCGAUGUCGGACCCCUCGAACAACUCCUACUGCCAGGCAGUGGGGAACCGUACUUCGUUCUUCACCAGCGCCUACAAUGGCAUACCGGAGACCCUGAUACUGAACACCAUCUUCUGGGUGCUGCUCAUCAUGCUGUUCACGACGCUGCGUCACCGGGCGGGCGACUUUGGACGUUUGGCAUUGGUCAACAGCAACGGAAGUAAAAAGCGCUGGACGGAGAUUUUCUACUCGCGGGCCGCCAGUGUGGUGGAUCCGCAACCGAGCACCUCAGCGGCACAGGCCUCGCCGCGACCAAGCUCUGCUUCCCAGCCCUCCGGCGACUCCACGCCCCUGUCCCCCGUGCAGCCGGAGGAGGGUCUCUUCGGUUGGAUCCGAGUCACGCUGAAGCUGCGCAAGGAAACGAUUCUGCUGCACACUGGGCCGGAUGCCGUGCACUACUUGUCCUUCCAGCAGCACCUAAUGGCCGUCAUGGCUCUGGUGACCGUCGUUUCGCUGGCCAUCAUUUUGCCAGUGAACUUCCUGAACGGACCCACGGACUCGUCGUACGAUGUAAAUGCAUUCGGACGCACCACGAUGGCCAAUCUCUCGCCAGACUCUCCGUGGCUGUGGGUGCAUACGAUCGUCACUAUUCUGUACAUUCCGCUCGUGGUGCUCAUCAUGCGGCGAGCCUCGGGCAGGAAUGCCUUCAAGAAGGCCGCCACCAGGACCAUUAUGAUAUCGAACAUCUCGUCCAGCGAUCGUAAUAAGACCGUGGUGCGGAACUACAUGCAGGAGCUCUUCCCGGACGUCACCAUCGAGAACGUAACCAUAGCGUAUAACAUUUCGCGGCUAUAUGUGAGGAAUGCAGAGUUUGAGAGAGUGCACGAGGCUCGUUUGUACUGCGAACAUCAUCGGGAUAAGGACACCCUCAUGGCCAAGCCCGACAUGUGCUCGUGCAAAAAGGAGAACGCCUACGAGUACUACCAGAGGGAGGAGAGGAAAUUGUCAGGGGACGUGGCCCGGCUACGCGCCUCUACGAUGAACGAGCCCCUAGACAUUGCCUUCCUCACCGUGUCGACUGUACAGGAGGCGCAGAACAUUGUCACCCACUUCACGCCAGGCACCUACCGCCAGUGGCACAUGAUGUUCGCCCCCUCGCCGGAUGACCUCUUCUGGGAGAACCUGAACGUGAACAAGAGCCACUGGUACCUGAAGUUCUUUUGCGUGAACGUCGUGCUCUUCUUGGUACUCUUCUUCCUGACCACUCCGGCCAUGGUGGUGAACCUACUGAACAGUCGGCCCUGGCUGAAGGAUACGGAGGGCAAGAUCUCGCCACUGGUCUCCGAGUUCCUGCCCACCCUGAUGCUGUGGACACUGGCCGCCCUGAUGCCCGUGAUUGUGGCCAUUUCGGACAAGUGGAUGGGGCACUACACUCGCUCCAAGCAGAACUACUCGAUCAUGACCAAGUGCUUUGGCUAUUUGUUGCUCAUGAUCCUGAUUUUGCCCUCCCUGGGACUGACCUCGGCCCAGGCGCUGCUGGAGUGGGGAUUUACGAACGAGACUGGACGCUGGCAGUGCAUUUUCUUGCCGGAUCGCGGAUCCUUCUAUGUGAACUACAUCAUCACGGCUGCAUUUAUCGGUACGGCGCUGGAGCUGCUGCGUUUCCCGGAGUUAAUCGUCUACAUCUGGUCGCUGCUGAAGGCAAACUCGAAGGCGGAGACCCCCUACAUCCGCAAGUCGAUCCUGAUCGAGUUCCCCUUCGGCACCCACUACGCCUGGACCACGCUCGUCUUCACAAUUGCCAUCGUAUACAGCAUCUUUUGCCCCAUCAUCAUGCCCUUUGCCAUGGUCUAUAUCUGUCUGAAGCACUUCGUGGACCGUCACAAUCUGUAUUUCGCCUACGGACCCUCGAACAUGAUCUCACGCAAGGGCGGCAAGAUCCACUCGACAGCUGUUACGAUGACCAAGUUUUCGGUGGUGAUCCUGGUGCUGGUUAUGGCCAUGCUCUGUUACUUCCGCGGCGACGACGGUAUGGCCCGGUUUCUGCUGCUGAUCAUUACCUUGGCCAUCACCCUGACACUGUUCACGUUCAUGUCGCCGAUUAAACGCUGUGCGGCUACGCGGCGUCCCAGCAUCGUUGAGAUUGCCGGACCGGCGCCCAUCUAUGUGCCGGACGUGCUGCGGGAUCACGGGAUACGAAGCAGCGGUAGCGUGAGGCCCCCGGUGGCCGGAUUCGGUGGCUACGGCUCAGACAGCGUGUCCGAGUACGACAGCUCGCAGUACAGCGUCAACAGCGUGGAGGCGUAAAUGGUAUUACCGACCGAUCGAAGUCACAUUUAUAUAUUUUUGUAAAAUAUCUAAGGAAGAGCCACUGAGAACUUUGCAAGUUGGCGGCUUUAAUUUGCACGCGGAGGAGAGAAAUUGUGAUACCUAAACCAGCCUCAAUGUCGUUUUUUAUACAUAUGUAU